AUGGCCAACGGACCUAUAGCAGAAAGAAAUCGAGAUGCCACUAUUUAUGUGGGAGGCCUAGAUGAUAAGGUUUCGGAGUCCCUAUUAUGGGAGCUCUUUGUACAAGCAGGGCCUUUAGUCAAUAUACAUGUGCCCAAAGUCCGAGUAACGACAAUGCACCAAGGCUAUUGGUUUGUAGAAUUUAUGGGAGAGAAGGAUGCAGAUUAUGGUAUUAAAAUUAUGAACAUGAUAAAAUUGUAUAGGAAGUCCAUAAUAGUAAAGAAAGCUUCGGCUCAUCAGAAAAAUUUGGAUGUAGGAGGUAAUAUUUUUAUUGGAAAUUUAGACCCAAAGUAA